AUGUUGUGUCAUAGAUGUAGUAGUGGGCAAUCCAGUGAAGUCCACCUCGCACAUUCCAAAUUUAUCGCUUGCAACGUCCCCAAUCCGGUGAAAGCCGGGAAAAUAACGCCAUGGCUAUCCUCGCCGUUGCCUCUCCGUUCAAAACCCUAAACCCUAGCCCGCCGGACCACAGCCGCACCCGCAGGCGCCUCCCCUCCUCCAUUCUCCACCUUCCGCUACCGGUGCCACGAUGUCGCCGCCUCCGGUGCUCCGCUAAGUACAGUGAAGCGGCGGCGCCGUCCGCGUCGACAACGACGCCGCGGCCGUCUGAGAUACCUUGGAGCAAGGAUAUCUGCAAUUCGGUGCGGCUCAUUGGGACUGUGGGCACCGAUGUCGAGCUGCGGCAGCUGCCCAGUGGCUCCGCUGUUGCGAGGGGUCGCCUCGCCGUAUGGAAGUCGGCCACCGAGACUACAUGGGUAACACUACAAUUCUGGGAUGAUAUGGCAAUUGUGUCCUCUGAGCAUGUUAAGAAGGGUGACCGAAUAUUUGUUGCUGGACGGCUUGUGUCAGAUACUGUUGAUGAGGGGCCUGAGAAGCGGCACGUUUACUACAAGCUUGCAGUUCAACAGUUGAAUUUCAUCGAGUCCCAGCCAGUUCGAUUAUAUGAAUCAGAUGCAAGCCAGGAUGCCCCAGGUGGAAGGCGUGCUGAUUAUUUUAACUUUACCUCUAAUUCAACUGACGAAAAGAAUAGGGAUAACAUGAGCUCUUCUCGGUCAACUGAAGAGCUGUGGCAAGCGUUCUUUGCUAAUCCUCUUGACUGGUGGGAUAACAGGACAAAUAAGAAGAACCCAAGGUAUCCAGACUUCAAGCAUAAGCACACUGGUGAAGCGCUAUGGGUUGAUGGGAGGAACAACCCUAACUGGGUUACAUCUCAGCUGGCAGUUUUGGACUCAAGAAUGAGUUCUCUGCAAGACAAUGAGAGAAAACCAGUCUCUUACAUGUAUGCUGACGAGUUCAUGACAUUGGAAGGCAAUCGAUAAUCUUUAUGAACGAGGAAGCUUCGCAGCCCCCAUUUUUUGUGCAGCUUGGCUGGCUGUUAUGACGAUUGUGAUGUCGGAGUAGCUAACCUUGCUGUCUCAGUUUUGUUGUACAUAUCUGAGCGGCUCUGGAGGGUUGUUAUGAGCGUACGUAGUAUCAUGUAUUCGGUAGACUGUAAGGUCGCUAUGAGCCUAUAGCAGGCAUAAACAAAUGGGAGAAACCCUUGCUUCUUCUGACUCUGUUAGUAGUAUUAUCUGGUUUGUGACAUGGUUUUUAACUAUGCUGUUACGUCGAGCGGUUAUGGUAUGUAAACCGUGGCCUCUCAUGAAGUUUUUCCUUUUGUCUUCGGAAGAAUUUGG